AUGUCCAGCGCCAAUUACAACUCCCAAAAUGGGGGAUCCGGGCCGCCCUACUCUAAUGGUCCGGUUCAGAACCCUUUGAUAUAUCCACCUGUUGGACAGAGUUACAGUCCAGGACUUCCUGGCUCCUAUCCACAGCAGAUGCCAGCGAAAGCACCUCCACAAGCAGUUGCCGGACUAUACAAUUAUGGUGGUCCUCAGACUAUUCCUCAGUCUGCUCCACUGCCAGGAAAUUAUCAGGGAUCUGGACAAACUGUUAGUAGACCACCUAUGGGACCUUCUUCUGUGGCACCUCCCCUAAAUACUUCAUCUGCAUCCAGAAUGCCACCUCCACUUCAGAACUCAUAUGGAUCUCCCGCAACCGUUGGUGGCAGUGUUUCUCAUGCAACACAAUCGACACACUCAAACUGGCAGUAUUUUCCAACACCAAUAAGUCAUGCACAAUCUCUGGCCAAUCAUGCACCAUCCACAACGGGAAUGUCGCCGGGGCCACUGCCAAUGGUGGGCAAUUCACAGCCUCCAACUACCCAGCAGUAUAGACCUCCCUUUGGAGGGACCCCCACUUCAAAACAGUUUUAUGAGCCCAGGUCCUACUUCGCCACCAAUGAGCCAGUCUGAGCCAGUCCGGCCAAAUUUAGGGCCUCCUCCCACAUCAUCCCCUUCUUUGACAAGACUCUCGGUACCACCCACUGGUCCACCUGUCAGCACUGCACCUGUGCCUCCUGUGGGUCCCCCUCCUCAACCCUCAACCAGCGAUAACACUUCAGUUCAAAACAGCUACGAUACCAUAGAAGGUGGUGGAUUCAUGGGAAUGGUUCAUCCAGCUCAGCUCCCUCCACCUCCUCAGAAUCCUAAAAUCAGUAGGAAUGCAUACCCAACACUACCUCCAGGGUACCAGAAUGCUUUUCCACCAGGAGGUCCAACUUUAACAACUGCUACUCAGCGAUAUCCUACUCCACCGCAGCCACUGCCUCAGCCUACUAUGGGGAUGAAUAAUUUGGUAUCAUCGGUGGGAGGUCUGAGUCUUCAUCAAGCACAGCAAUUGGAUGAACUACGAGCUGUGAACCUUCUUCAGGAAAGGAACAUAUUGCCACCAGCACCAGUAAAGGCUCCUACACCCUGUCUACAGGAAGAUAUUCGGAAACUCAAUUGUAGUCCAGAGUUAUUUCGCUGUACCUUGACCAACAUCCCUCAAACUCAGGCUCUGCUGAACAAAGCCAAGCUUCCACUGGGGCUCCUGCUUCACCCGUUCAAAGAUUUGUCGCAACUUCCUGUUGUAACAUCCAGUACUAUAGUCAGAUGCCGCUCUUGCCGUACAUACAUCAACCCUUUUGUAACCUUCUUGGACCAAAGGCGAUGGAAAUGUAACUUGUGCUACAGAGUAAACGAUGUGCCCGAAGAAUUCAUGUACAAUCCUGUAACAAGAGCUUAUGGAGAACCACACAAAAGACCAGAGGUCCAGAAUGCCACUAUUGAAUUUAUGGCACCAUCAGAAUAUAUGCUUCGUCCUCCUCAGCCUCCAGUAUAUCUGUUCAUGUUUGAUGUGUCCCACAAUGCGAUAGAGACUGGAUAUUUGAACACUGUAUGUCAGACCUUGCUUGACAAUCUGGAAUGGCUUCCAGGCAACACACGGACAAAAAUAGCUUUUAUCACGUAUGACAGCACA